AUGGAGCUUGGGGAGGUUGAGGAGCAGGACGGAGGCUUCCGCUUUGCUUCGGGCCUUUGCGGGAGGUCCGCAGAGAAUUGCCGAGGGCCUACCCCAGGCCGCUGUGCCUGCUGGUUGGCGCGGACUCGACUGAGUUCCGCUUUGCCAGGCGAGGCGCUUGCCCUAGGCAACCCUCGCAGACGCAGCUCCGCGAUUCUGCCUUCAGUCGCAGAGAAGGACAUCCUCCUGGUGGUGCUGGUGAGCUUGCUGGAGAGCCUGCUGUCCGCCAUUCCACUCACUGCUGCCACUGCCUACCACGAGUUACAUGCUAUUGCUGAUCAUAAGAAGAUGAGCACCCAGAACCUUUUAAGCAAGUUCCGACAAGGCAUAUGCAAGUUUCUGGUGGAAGCCAUGCAUGAUGCAGCCACAGGAAGCGGGGAUAACACCCCAGAGAUUAUACUACACAAGGUGGCAAGGGCUCUCAAGUACCAGGACGUCAAGACCUUCCUGCAGGGGUCUGAGAAGCACAUCGUCCCAUUCCUUGUGAGUAAGGCCACUCCAGUCGCCUCAAACCUCCUGAAGAUGAUCUCCACACUCCUGAAUAUAAAUACACGACGUCUGCUCCUCGUGCACAACAUGAAGUACAUCUUCUCCUAUCUGGUCAGACUUUGCCAGGCCGCUGAGCUGGAGAAAGCUCUGACAUUUCUACAGAGUGAGGCCAACAUGGACCUGGGCAAGCUGAUCCGCCUCGAUUUCCAGCGGCUUCACAACGAGCUCCUGCUUCAUCUCAGCUCCAACUACCAACAGGUAUUCAAUGGUCUGAGGACCCUGUCAUCUUACGACGGUCAUUACCAAGGACCGAAGGACAUCACCACACCGGAACAAAUGGCAGACUAUCUCGAGCCUCGUUUGCUUGGCGUCCUCGCAUCCUUCGACUACCAGCUGGUCAACCCCAACACUCCCAUGGAGGACAAGCAGCUGGCCAUGGAGAGUCUGAUCGCCAUUAUCCAGCUGAUGGGGUCCAAGCACAUCAGCUCCAUCAGACACAAAGUGAUGAACACACUCAGACUUGGUCGACAAUUUGUGGAGAUAUCGUGUCGUGCCUGGAAUGGCUUUGUUAGAAGCCUAGAGUUGCCCCUCCUGGGGACGAUGCUGUCUCAGAUUGUGGCGACACUGCUGCCGUUCCUGCACGACCUUCCAAAACAAGUGGCAGAUAUAUUCACAUACAUGAUUGUGGAAAACAGGUCCGCCCUCCACCACCACUUCCACGAGGUGUACUUCCUGCCAGACAUUCCCGAGUUGAGUGAUGCUAAUGCAGUACUGAAACAGUAUGCUGAUGGACCCUCGAGUCAAUCCGACCUGGGAACACAGCUGGCCCACUCAGUACAGGGCAUCAAACAUGAGAAUAUAGAUGUGAGGAGACGAGCCCUUUCAAAACUUAGAAAACUCCUGCGAGAAGACAAGGAUACACUGAAUGAGUACAUUAUGGGGAGUGAAGUAGCGGACCCUAUCAUAUCUCAGCUGGUGACUGUUUUGAUGGCUGGGUGUCGCGAGUCUGACAGUGAGGCAGAAUUGCUGUACGCUGAAUGUCUUGGUGAACUUGGGGCUAUUGACCCUGGCAGACUUGAGCUGAUGGGAAACAACCCAAAGGAGGAAAUGACAAAAUUCAAGGCUACAGUGGAAGACGACAACUUUGCUGUUGGUCUCAUCAAUGAGGUCCUCAAAGCCUUCCUGUCAGCCACAGAACCAAGAGUCCAGGACUGCUCGGCCUUCGCUCUACAAGACCUGCUGCAAAUCUAUGAAAUAUCUGAAGGGAAGGAGAGCGACAAGACCCCAAACAAGCUCUGGAGGAGAUUCCCAGAACACAUGCAGGAGAUUCUCAUACCCCUGCUUACUUCCAAAUACAAACUGGCAUCAGAAGCUGUGUGGGACAAGUGCCCCAAGCCAAUCUACCAGAGUACCAAGGGAGGUAACUUCAAGGACUGGGUCAGCAACUGGACAGGCUAUCUCAUACAUCUCACAUCCAGGUUGAACCCAGGAAAGGCUGCCCGAGUAUUCCAAGCAUGUAGUGCAUGUAUUCGGCACAACAUCCAGGUGGCGCUGUACAUCCUGCCUCACGUGGUUGUGCAGGUCCUGCAGGAUGGACGGAGCGAGGACGUUCAGGAGAUCUACACUGAGAUAUUAGAGGUGAUCAACCAGGUGAAGAAACCUGACACUCGGCAUCGAAGCCCGUCUGACUUCCGCCACAAGAGUGCCCAGACAGUGUUCUCUGUCCUGGACUAUCUGGCCAAGUGGUGUCGGCACCGAGCACAGGCCAAGCCAGCUGCCAACUCCAGCACUAGACAGACCAGCUACCUGAACGAUGCUGGUUACAAAGCUGUCAAUGACUUCCUGGAGCGUGUUCCUAAGGAUAGUUUGGCUGAGGCCAGUGUCAACUGCAAAGCAUACACCCGAGCUCUCAUGCACUUUGAACAGUUCGUCUCACAUAAAGACAGUGAUCUUCAAAAACACCUUGAUUUUGUUCAGCGCCUGUAUGUUGCUAUGGAUGAGCCUGACGGAGUUCUGGGUGUGGCGGCCAUUAGAGAGACACCUUCAACACUGAUGCAGCAGAUACUCACACAUGAGAGUCUGGGCCAGCAGCAGGAUGCCCAGGCAUGUUAUGAGCAGGCUAUCCAGAAGGAACCGGAUGAAGUCAGCCACCACCAGGGUCUGCUGGCCAGUCUCAUGGAGCUUGGUCAGCUGAACAAGGCACUGCUACACACCACCGGGGUCAUUGCCGAGAAACCAGCAUGGAAGGCUCAGCUGAACGCCUACAGGAUCGAGGCCUCCUGGAAGUUGGGCAGCUGGGAUAAACUGGAGAUGUUCUGUCACGGAGAAACUCACCGGCGGAACUGGGCAGUUGGAGUGGGCCGUGUUCUGCUGGCAGCUAAAGACAAGAAGGAGGAAGAGUUCUGUAAGCAGCUGGAGAUAGUUCGACGUGAGCAGAUGGGACCUCUGUCUGCUGCCAGCAUGGAGAUGGGUUCAUACCACCGAGGAUAUGAGAAUAUUUGCAGGCUGCAUAUGUUGAACGAGAUCGAGCAGGUGAUGAGAGUGUUGCGGGACUUCCCUGUACACUGUGUGGACUCAGGAGACUCUGCUGCCAAGAUGGCACCUGAAGAGCUGAUCAAGCAGUGGCAGGACCGCAUACAGAUGUGUCAGUCAUCUUUCCGAAUCCAAGACCCUAUCCUGACCUUGAGACGGACCCUGUUGACCCUGUGUCAGUCGGACCAUGACCUCAGCACCAUGGUGGGCAAGUCGUGGCUCUGGAGCACCAAAGUGGCCAGGAAAUCAGCGUAUCUCCAGACGGCAUACACCUGUCUCCUGCAAGCCAGCACCUUCAGUCUGCCCGAGUUCUUCCUGGAGAAGGCAAAAUGGCUCUGGGAAAAGGGCAACAAUGAUGAGGCUCUUACGUGUUUGGAGAAAGGUAUUUCUGUCAACUUCAACAACAUGUCCCAGCUGAAGAUGGACAACUCAGAUGAAGGCAAGCAGAAGAAGAAGACAUAUGCUCAAGGCUUGUUGCUGUAUGGGCGUUACAGCGAGGACACCUCCAGUCUGGAGAGCAAUGCCAUCAUGAAGCAGUACAAGGAUGUGAUCGACAUCUACCCCAGGUGGGAGGAUGGCCACUUCUACCUGGCCAAGUAUUAUGACAAGAUCAUGAUGGCUCUCAUUGAUGACAAGGAGAAGCCAGAGAAACAGGGAGAGUUCAUCAUCUACGUGGUGAAGUUCUUCGGCCAGUCGCUGCAGUACGGCAACCAAUACAUCUACCAGUCCAUGCCACGCCUCCUCAGUCUCUGGCUAGACUACGGCACCACAGUCGUCGAGUCUGAGAAGAAGGAACGUGGGAAGAACUCACAGAAACUGCAGGCACAGCGAACCAUUCUCAGCAGAAUCAACAAGAUUAUCUCUUCACUGGGUCGUCAGCUGCAGCCGUACCAGUUCUUCACAGCCUUCCCCCAGCUAUCUCGUAUCUGCCACGCCCACCCUGAUGUGUUUCAACAGUUACAGGACCUGAUUGGUGGGUGUCACCCACAGCAGGCCAUGUGGAUGUUGAUAAAAAAGCAGCAUAUGGACUCUGUGAAGUCCCUCGUUCAGGAGUCUGUUGGAGGUCUCCGGCAGGAGUUCUCGCCACUUCGGACGGGGCGGAGUGUCAGGCGUCUCGGGACCGGGGUCCGUGCACGCGCUUCCAGGCGCCGGCGGGAGCGCUCUGUCUGCUCUUCCCUCUCUGUGCCUUACGCCAGGCCCAGCCCACCGGUCGGGGUUAGGAGUCCUCUUCGGAGGAGGGCCCAGCCUCUGACUUCGGGCUCGGGCGCCGAGUCGAUGGAGCUUGGGGAGGACGUGGUCGAGCCCCUCUUGUCUGGUACCCGUGUUCGGUUCGACUUGCCGGAUUUAGUACGGAGGUACCAACUUGGGGAGGACUCCUCUGUUCGUUGUUCCCAUCGCGUUGGCGAGUGCGUGUUCACUUCCAUCGCCUCUGGGGAGGCUCGCUUCCUCCGAGCAGCUCGGCUGCUCGGCAAGGGCCCUCACUCCACCGCUUGCCCUCGGGCGGCUCCUCGCGCACGGCGUGCACCGGACCCACGAGGAGGUCUACUGGAACGCGAUACAGCAGCGGCGCGAGCAGACCUUGCUGGCCCUCCCUUUCCGCCUGGGGAGCCGACCCUCUUCCAGGGGCACAGCAGGUCAUUCGGGGAGGCUGCAGCUGCAGUGACCUCCUUCAAGGACUCUAAGGCCUUGUUGGAGCACCCGGCGGUGUCUCACCGCGCACUCCCAUUCCACCUUCCUCCGCCGGCCCCAGGCACCAGCACCGGACUUGGCUCCGUCUACCAAGCCAUAUGA